AUGUCGUCGGAUCAAGAGGCUAUUAAGAAUGGUUCACCAGCCAUGGCGAAAUUCAAUGAACGUUCAGAUAAGGCUUAUCGGGAGAUGGAAAAGGAAAGAAUCAAUAAGGUGAAACUGUUGCAUAGCGCACUGUCAAAAGAGAAGUCAAACGAGGCUGCUUUACUUACAGGUUCUACAGACAUGGAAAAGUUUAGUAGCAUUGAAGAGAUUCCCUAUCCAACUUUAGAGGAUGACAAAAUAAUUGUCAAGGCAAUUGCGUACGCCGCAAACCCGACGGAUUGGAAACAUGCAGUUUUUAAGAUAGGUACACCCGGUUCAAUUGCUGGUUCUGAUGUUAGCGGUAUAGUUGAAGAAGUUGGUAAAUCUGUUAAAGGGUUCGAAGUAGGAGACGUUGUGUCAGUUACAAUGCAUGGUAAUGCUAGCAAGACUUCGGGUGCAUUUGCUAAACAUGUGUUGGCAAACCCUGCUUUAACAUUUAAGUACCCCAAGUCACAGAUCAAGGAAGAAGCUUUGUCUUUAGGUGACCAUCCCGCCUCUUUGAUUAACACAUUCGAAGGUGCAGCUUCUGUGACGUUGGGUCUCAGCACAGUUGGUAUGGCUCUUUCGUUCAACCUUGGUAUCAAACCACAUAAAUCAGAAAAUGCUUCGAAAUUCAUUUUGAUUUGGGGUGGUGCCACAGCUACUGGAAUAUUAGCAAUUCAAGUCGCAAAACAGAUUUAUGGUUUGAAAGUAAUCACUACUGCAUCAUCAAAGCACCAUCAAUUAUUGAAGUCCUUGGGUGCAGAUGAGACUUUUGACUACAAAGAAUCUAGUGUAAUCGAAGAUAUCAAGAGCGUUGCAAACGGUAAAAUCCUGUAUGCAUUUGAUACCGUAUCAGAACCCGAAACGUGGCAACAGACUUAUGAUGCUACUGAAGGAUCUGAAAACGUGUCUCUCGAUAAUCUACUUAGUUUAUCAGAGAAGGAUGUCAAAGUUAAAUCUCAAAGGGCAGUGAAAUUCUCUGCGACACUUGUCUAUUUGACUGAUGGUGGUUCUCAUUUCGGUCUACCAGCGAGUGCUGAGAUCGCCAAGGACCAUUUGUAUUUUAAGAAUGAGCUUUUAACUCCUCAUCUCAAAACAAUCAAGAAUGCACCACUUAAAGUUUUGGAAGCGGGACUUGAUUCAGUUAAUCCUGCUAUGAAGCUCUUGAAAAAUAAUGAGGUUAAUGGAGAAAAGAUUGUAUUCAGGUCUUAG